UGUGGGUAUGGAAGUUUACACCUGAACGGCACAGGAUACAGCAGUCACGACGAUCUCGGCCAUGCAAGGGUGUGGGUUUGGGUUUUGUUUUGUUUUUCCAUUCCAGUAGUCCCAAAGUUGGACGAGAAGCUAAAAAAGAAUCAACUUUGCUUUGGGAGCCGAAUAGAUCAUUGCACGAGGAGGGUGUACAUUUCUUUAUCCCUCAUAAAGCAAUGGGAUGCUAAGGGCUUGGGGAUGAUGGUCAGCCAACGACCUGGACUCUACAGAGUCAGCUCCCGGCGGCGGUUAGCCUCUUUGGUCGCGGGAAAGUGAAGCCUUUUGCAUCUGGAGUUAGCUGCCAGACUCGAGGCACUCAUUUUCCUUCGAGAGGAGGUGACAGCGGCCGUGGAGCCGUAUCUCUGCAGCGGCUGGAGAGGAGUUGCACCGCGUGGUGCAGAGAGCGGGGUGCGGAGGGCGUGGUUCGAGGGCUCUGCAGCCCCACAACGCCUGUGUGCUUUGGGGAAAGGGGCUAGAAGAAGGGGUCGGGAGUAGCCGAGGUGCAAAGGAAAGGGAUGGAGCGCCACUAUUGGGGCCCUGCAACUGAGGGAUAAACGAGAAGAGAAGAAUGAGGCACUUGAAUAUUGAAUGAAAAAUGGCUGAAAGUCCUAUGUGGGAGCAAGUUGGAGCAAGUUUUGUGCAUCUCUAUUAUCGCCACUUUGAUGCUGACAGGGUACAACUAAGUGCUCUAUAUACAGAAGCUUCUUGUUUGUCAUGGGAAGGAGAACAAUUUCAAGGAAAAUCAGCAAUCAUGGAAAAGAUGCUGAACCUCCCAUUCCAAAAAAUCCAGCACAGUAUCACAUCUCAAGAUCAUCAGCCAGCUCCAGAUAACUGUAUUCUUAGCAUGGUUGUGGGUCAGUUAAAGGUAGAUGAAGAGCCUGUUAUGGGAUUUCACCAACUGUUUAUUCUGAAGAAUAUGAAUGACAAAUGGAUUUGCACUAAUGAUAUUUUUAGAUUGGCUUUGUACAACUUUGCUUGAGUAUUUUGUAUUCUUUCUACUCUCAUACUUUCCCUACUUUGUUGUUCUUGGCUUGGUUCAACUUAUGAUAAAGAGGCAACAUAGGAUUUUUUUUUUUUUUUUUUGGUUUUGCUCUGCUAUGUGUUGACAAAUAAAAGAACAUGAAUGGCUAUAUAAAAUAAUCAAAGGGCAAUUUCAGGGAAAGGAUGGAGAGUCCUGCAUCAAAAUUUCAGGAUGCUGGGAAAUUGACUCAAGCAGGAAAAGCACCAAAGUGCUAUCUUGGGAGAACAGAUGCAAACAAAAUUUACCUUUUAGAAAAAGGGCCCUGUUUAGGGCACCAAAAUUCUACUUUUUGGGACUGAGGAAAAAUUCUUUCAUCCGCAUGGAUUUAAUAAUAAUAAUGAUAGAUACUUCUCAUUUUAAGGAAACUCUGGAUUGGAAAACUCAAUUCACUUCCUUGAUGCCCCUGCUUUGUGUUCAGCCAAAAUUUAGUUAGCAAUGCAGUUAAUUCUAGGCAAGUUAUUUUUGUAGCUGUACUCAGAACAUCUGUGGGAUGGUGGUUGACACAAAGUAGACUUUUGCGUGUCAGAUAUUAGAAUAUAGGAAAUUGCUUUUUCACACAGAUUUAUAAUGUUUGUGUUACUGUUCCAUCGAGCUGAAUCCUGUUAUCCUUAUGUUCGUAAAUGUGUGAAGUCACCAAUUUAGUAUAUAAUUUCAAUGAACCAGAAAACUCUGGAUAUUAGGAAUGAUGAAAUACUAAUUUAAAAAAAAACAGAGAAAAGUAAUUUUUUUUAACCUAAAGUCUACUAUACUAAAUGGUCAAAAAGUAAUGGUCAAUUCACAUAGGUUUAUUUUUAACUGUAGAGGGACAGUAGUCUCUCUGAGCUUAGUUAUGUCAUAUUGGUUAGGAUAAUUGCCAAGUAUUCAAUGAAUUAUGAGCACACCAUGUUCCUGUACACCAACAGAAGGCAUGAAGAGCCAGAUUCUUUUGCUUUUUUUAUUCUGGUUUAUGAAUUUUCUAUUAUGUUUAACUCACUUUAAGAGAAAGUUCUACACAUCAAUUCUGAUAUGUAAAAAUCAACAGGAGAUAUUAAUUCAUACUGAGAAAGGAAUAAAGCAGCACAUCCUAUGUUGGUUCCAAUCAAUAAUAUAUCACUGUCAAAACUGGAAGAGAAUUUAAAGUCUAGCUUAUGCAAUUCCUUCAUUUUAUAGAUAAAUUGCAGACUUAGAAAAGUUGUGACUCUCCUAAUUAUUGGCAGAACUACAAUGUCCACAGACAUCUCCCAAGCCUGUAAUCUUACCAUUCUUACCCUCUUCAUCCCCAUCCAUUGCCAGCUAUCUUUCAUUGUUCACAGUUGACUGUGGCAUCUUUGCAACUUCACCUAUUCCUGAAGAAGGAUCCUCUCCACAAAUUUCAGACAAAUGGCCAUCUAGGCACUACUUUAAGAAUUCUAGUGAGAGAACAUAUUACAAAUGCUCAUUCUACUGUUGAAUCUCUCUGAUUGUGAAGAAGUUUUUCCUUAUUUCACAUCUAAAUCUGUCCUUCUGCCACAUCCAUCUGUUGCUCCUAGUUUUGUCCUCUAGACAAAACUCUAGAGCCCAGCAAAAAUUGAAUCAUUAUUAUUUGUGAUGAGCAUUCAAAUACUUGAAGACAAGUAUUGUAUUCUUCCUUCUCAUAAUCCUUUUAACCUCCCUGGAAGCAGUUCAUAUUGUCUAUCUAUCUAAACUAUAGGGUCCAGAAUAAGACGUUUCUUCAAAUGUAAUUUAACUAAGACAGAAUUUUAGGAACUUGCUAUCUCCUUUCUUCUGAAUAUUGUGUUUCUUCUCAAAGCAUCUGAUGGAUAGCAUUCAAUCUUUUGGUUGCCAUAUCACAUUGUUGACUUAAAUUGAUUUUGCAGUCCACUUAAACACCUACAUCUCUUUCACAUGAGUUGUUUUCUAGCCAUAUCUCCUCUAUCUUAUAUUUAUAAACUGAUUUUUUAACCCAUGUAAAACUAGAUUGAACUCAAUUUAAUGUUAUUACAUUCACCACUCCUCCACCCCUUGCCAUUUUACCCACUGAAAUAUUUCUGGUUCUUUAUUCUUAUUCAACAUGCCAGCUCUGCUUCAUAGAUUUAAGGUUUUUGUUCUUGUUUUUAAUUUCAUAAGCAUGAGAUCUGUACCUGUAUGCAAUUCCUUGAGGAAAAUAUUGAGCAGAAUUGGGCAAAUGGCAAAAUCUUGAGGCACUCUAUUAUGCACCUACCUCUGGUUGACACUAAGUUAUUAAUGAGUAUUCUCUGAGUAUGUCAGUCCAUUCAUCAAGUUUCAGAUUCACCCAACUAUGUUGUUAUUGUUUGAUAUCUUUUAUAUUGCUAGUUCCCAAAACAAAAGUUAGCUUGACACAAUUUCUUCUUCAUAAAGUCAUGCUGACUUAGUGAUCACUACUUCCCUUUCUGAAUAUUCACAUCUGAAUAUUCUGAAAAUGAUCCAUAAAUUGGACAGAAAUCAGUUAAAUUCCUUGGCUUAUGAAGUACUUUCACUUUCUUCUUUCUUUUGAAAAUCAGGAUAUUUGUCAUAGGAUCACCUAUUUUAACUCUGAAGGAAUGUUAGAUAUUACAGUGUCUGAGGCAGGAUUGAAAUUCACACCUUAUAGAUUCCAAGUUGAUUGCAAUAUCCAUUAGAUCACACUGCUCAUUCUCCAAUCUAAUUGACUUGCCAAUCAAAUCUACCAGUUCUUUCAGGUCAUUCUGGGAUGUGUUGAUUGGAAUUUGCUGAUGGAACUUGCCAUCAAGGGUAACUAGUCUACUCUUAGUAUCCACCUACCUUGGAAUUCAGUUCCCUAUAUUAUGUUCUGUUCGGACCAGAGAGAUUAUCCUCCCUGGAAGAAGCGAAAUAAUUAAGAACUAAGCAAUUCAGUCUUUUUGCUGUUAUCCUUAUUAUCAUCCAUCUCUCCCAAAUAAUGGUGUUCUCCUCCACUCUAGCCCCAUUUUAGGCAAAUAGGUAAUAUAAUGGAUAGAAAGCUGAGUCUAGAACAAAAAGACCUGAAUUAAAUUAUAGCCUCAGAUACUGCUUAAGUUAUAUGACUCUGGGUAAGUCACUAAAUCUUUAUCCCAAUUUCCUUAACUCUAAAAUAGAGAUAAUAAUAACACUUACUUUACAGGAUUAUUGUCAGGAUCAAAUACAGUAAUAUUUGUAAAGGCCUUAGCAUAGUGCUGGUUAGGUACUUAUUACCUGCUUAUUCUCCUCACUUUCCUUCUCAUGACUUUAAAAACUUUUAAUUUCCCUUAAUAUUCUUGACCAGUUUCAGAUUGUUUUAGGCAUUGGGAGCCUGUUUCCUUAUAUUCUUUUGCACCGAAUUUGAAUUAGCUGCCCAAUCUUUCCUUGUUACUUAAAAAAAAAAAAAAAAAAAGCAAACCCAAGGUCCAUCAGUAAGUUACUUGUAUGUCUAGAAUGAUACUUUUUAGAAAGUUCCCCUUAGGGGUUGUCAUAUUUGACAAGAUUUGGGAGACUUUCCAUCAUGCCCUAACUACAUGCCCUAGGAAGAUGGCAGACCAAUCUAUUUUUAUGUCACACUGUCAAACAGCCCUCUCACUAUUCCUCAACAGAUUGUCUCUUAGUCCUCUGACCAUUAUUAAAUGACCUUGUGGGACUUAAGGAUUCACAUAAUUUUUCCAAGCACAGAAAACUACUUCCACUUGAGAUGGACCAACUCCCUCUGACAAGGAAGAAUAUCAUAAGCUAUUAACUCAAGUAUAUUCAAUGGUUUUCCCUUAAACUCUUUAAUUGGUAAUUAGUACAUUUCUGGUAUGUCUUAAAGCAAACAGAACCUGUUGCAUAAGCACAAAUCCAUUUAGAUCUAAUUAUCCACUUUCUUUCUCUUUACUUGCCACUUAGCUAGUGAAUGGAAAGAAGUUUCAAGACUUAACCAUACCAAAUCAGCUUAUGGAGAUUCCUAAUUUUUUUUGCACUCAUGCAUUGUGAUUGUAAUAUGUGUUUUAUGCAGUAAGCAAAAAGAAAUCUUACUACUUUAUGCUCAUCAUGAUAAUCAUACAUUUAUCUCAUAAAGAUAUUCAAAAUCAUAAUCUUAAAGCUGGAAUGCACUAUAUGAAACUGACUGCAUAUUUCUGAUGUGUGCUGAAUUUAACAAGCUAGAGUCUUCUGAGCUAAUUCAAUGGAAAUAGGUUCUCUAUAUCUGUCUUCUGAUUGUCAGAUUAGAUAAGAAUUAGCCAAAUCUUCAGCAAGCUCUGAUUCUUUUUGCUUGAUUAUCAUAAUCUGCAUGUGUUAAGUUAAGCAAAUUGAUAACCUGCAUCAUAGUGAAACCUCUCUCAGAAAUCUGCUGAUAUAACCCUUUGUAGUUAAGGGAAUUGAGACAAUGAGAUGAGCUAUUAUAUUGAACAAGAAAAGGCCAUAUGUCAGUGGUACACAUGGCUUCCUGUCUUCUUUACCCUUCUACCUCUAAGAGUGGAAGUUAAAGAUAACUUGGGUGUUUAUUUGCAAGUUUGACAUGGUAACUGUUGUCACCUUGUAAGCUCCAGAGGAGCAGGGACCAUAUCUUAUCUAAACUUUAUACCUUUCUAGCACUUGGCACAGUACUGUGCACUACAAUAAGGGCUUAAUGUUUGUUGAACAAAUUACUGGGAAAAUGUGAAUAUUUGGGAGAAUGUAUUCUCUAAUAUUUCUUAGAAAUGUCUAUUUCUAGGGUGAGGAGAAAAGGGUUGAACAUAUUCCUAACAAAGAUAAAGGUUUGUGCAUCAAAGACUUGGAAAUGACAAUUUGUUUAUUAAAAUAAUUCAUUCUGAUAAACUCA